AUGGGUUUCACCGACUUCGUCUCCGACGGUGGCCUCACACUCCUGAACAACUGGCUCAAGACCCGUUCAUACAUUUCUGGCUUCCAGCCAUCCCAAGCUGAUGUCGUGAGCUUCAAGGCUCUUAAAGAGGCACCUCCCGUCGAACGCUACCCUCAUGCCUACCGCUGGUACAACCACGUCAAGUCCUACGAGGCUGACUUCUCUACGCUGCCUGGCGACCCAUCCAAACCCUUCACCACCUACGGCCCCGAGGCUGUUGCUGUAACCCAAAACCCCAAGGACGCCCCCGAAAAGGCCGAGGAUGACGACGACGAAGUUGACCUCUUCGGCUCUGACGAGGAAGAAGAAGAUCCAGAGGUCGUGGCUGAACGCGAGAAGAGACUGGCAGAGUACAAGAAGAAGAAGGAGGGCAAGACCAAGCCCGCCGCAAAGUCAAUCGUCACGCUAGAUGUGAAACCUUGGGAUGACGAGACGGACAUGGACGAGCUUGUGAAAAAUGUGUUGGCUAUCGAGCAGGAUGGUCUUGUUUGGGGUGGUCAUAAACUGGUCGCUGUUGGCUUCGGUAUCAAGAAGCUGCAGGUCAACUUGGUUAUCGAGGACGAGAAGGUCUCUCUGGACGAACUGCAGCAGAAGAUCGAAGAGGAUGAAGAUCAUGUUCAGUCUACCGAUGUCGUGGCUAUGCAGAAGCUGUAA